UUUCCGAGUAUUCAAGAAUUCCACGCGCCAAACUCAUACCUCAACGAUUUGAACACCCGGCUCUCAUCUUUUGCUCAUACAAACGCGCUUCGCACACCUUGAACGAACCGUCCCGCCCAAGCGCAACGCGCCAUCGAGCGCUGCCGAGCGAAGCUUAAUCCGCCUCCCAAGAGCAAUCGCUCUCUCAAGAUCAAGAUGCCCAAAUUCUUCUGUAGGUUAUCCUCUCUUAUGCGAUUAUCGGACUAUGCGAUUCCAGUGGUUUGGUGCCUGCGACAUCAAGAACUCCGCGCACAUCGCGAAAUCCCAUCCCGGUGCCUUUCAACCACGCCACAACAGAACUGACCGACACUUUCAUGCAACAGGUGACUACUGCGAUGUCUACCUUACGCACGACUCGAUGAGUGUGCGCAAGGCGCACAACUCUGGACGCAACCAUCUGAGAAACGUGGUGGAGUACUACCAACAGAUCGGACAAGAAAAGGCCCAAUCCGUCAUUGACUCCAUCACAUCAUCAUACGCCGCCGAAGGCCAGGCUGUACCCAACCCUGCGAUGGUGCCCCCGGGCGCCUACCCCCCUCCCUUUGGAUUUCCCGGCCGCCCAGGUCAACUUCCUCCUCCUCCCUUCGGGAUGCCCGCACCUGGUGCAGCUCCCGGAGCCCCAGGCAUGCCUCCGCCCCCGGCGCCCAGGGAUUCCCUCCCAUCCCACCCCCCGGCGGGUUCCCAGCUGGGUUUCCCACGCCUCCUCCCGGCGCAGCUGGGUUCCCCGGCCUGCCUCCCCCGGGCCAGCUUCCGCCAGCCGGGUACAGUCCCAGCCCGACUCCCGGGAUCAAUGGCCCGCCCGGCUCCGAUGCAUAUGCCCAUGCUGCUCCGCCUCCUGGCAUGGGUUCUUCGUCUCUGCCCGGCCCGCCUCCGGGAUUGGGUGAUAGACGAUGAAGAACCUGUCCUGAUUGCUUUGCAUUUGAUUCCACAUCUUUCCCCCACCCCAAAACAACUCAUGUACUCUUUGUUUCCCCCCACAUGUUCGAGAUUACCUUUUAUACCUCCUCCCUCCACCUUGAAACGCUUGGUCUGUUGCUUAAGACGGGUGGUCAUGUUUCUGUUCCUCAUCAUCAUUCUAAAUCCCGGCGUGGUCUCUGAAUAUCAUUUUCGUGAGUUUGGGUUUAUCUUUCUUAUCUGGUGUUAUCAUGUUUUAUGUUCUUCUUAUCGAAAUAAAGGAGGAGUGGAAACAGUUGAUUAGGAGAAUGGAAAAAACAAAGAUGAUUAGAAGAAGAAUGCUAGUUGCUAGCUCGCAGACAAAAAAGCACGCGCGCCUUGUGGU